CAAAGAAAAUAGUCAAUACACAAAUAAAUACGAGAGAGAUCUAUUCAAUAGAUCAGAGAUACAAAAACACAAAAUAGUUUUCAUCAAAACCAAACAUGGGAGGGGUGAAGGUCCUUGGCUUAAACUCGAGCUUCCCAUGUGUGCGAGUCCUGUGGGCCCUCAAGCUCAAAGGUGUAAACUACGAAAUUGUUGAAGAAAACUUGCUAAACAAGAGUCCUCUCCUUCUGCAAAUGAACCCUAUCCAUAAGAAAGUCCCUGUUCUGAUACACAAGGACAAGCCCAUCGUCGAGUCUUUGCUUAUUCUUGAAUACAUCGAUGAGGUAUGGAAAACGACCUACCCGUUGAUGCCCGAGGAUCCAUAUGAUUGUAGUAUGGCUCGUUUCUGGGCUAAGUUCGUUGAUGAAAAGGUAGUUGUGACCGCAUUCGAAGCCAUGAAAUCAGAAGGGGAAGGAAAGGAGGUGGCUAUUGUUGCUGCGAAAGAAACACUAGAGCUUUUGGAGAAGCAAAUUGAAGGAAAGAAGUUUUUCGGGGGAGACGAGAUAGGAUACCUCGAUUUAGUGGUGGGGUGGAUAUGCUUGUGGCUUCCUGCAAUAGAACAAGUUGGAGGUAUGAAGCUGCUCGACUCGUCCACUUUUCCUUUACUCUACCAAUGGACACAAUGCUUCGUGCACAUUCCGGCCAUCCACGAGUGCCUUCCACCCCGAGAAAAGGCAGUCGACUACUUCCAAACGGGCCUCAACUAUCUUCGUUCACUGGAUGCAUCCAAGAAGUAGCCAUGUAGAAAUUUAUGGAUGCAACUUAUAUACUGUAUCUUUUAAGAGUCUUCAUAUUUGUGUGUUCAGUGUGUUUUAAUUUCUUGGCUAUGAUAAAUUAUUUGAAAUAAUUCGUUGUGAUAUCUGUAUCCGAGAUAUUUUGCUAUAAUUCAAACUUGGUUUCUGUUGGAA